AACCAACUUUAUUAACACACAUCGCCCUCGCAACAUGGUGACUUUUCGAGUACACUUUGUUGUCUUUUCCUCGCACAUUUAGGCUCUUCUCUUUGUAACAGCAUACCCUGUGCGAUCAUUUUUGCAAAAGCCAUACUUCAACACAAUGGAAAAGGCUUCGAUUACAUUUCGCAAAAAUGCGUGUUUGCGUCACACGUUGUUAAAUGCAGAGCCGAUUCCGACCACUAGGGUGGCGCUGUCAUACAGACGUCCCACCACAUGAGCCUGUGCUGUGAACCUACAACCUGACUUGAAGAAGGGAAGUUAGGAGUCACUGCACUCCACCGUCCUCCUGUAUGACAACGGGUCAAAUCUGGGCAUCUGCAUCUGUUAUUUUGGUGUGAAAUUUGGCUCUAACAACUGAGAGAGGGCAAUAAUCCAAACAGUACAGGGGGAAGUCCGUUUCACUGUUUUCUUUUCUCCCUUAAUCAUCUUCAUUUCUUGAAAGACUGGAGGGCAAGGCAAGGAAUGAUCCCCCUUCUACCUGGGGAUUCCCAUUUAAAAGCACCGCAGUCACACUAACCCACCUGCAGUACAGAGGCAGACACACAAGCACACACUCAAAAGCAGGUGGAGUUAGAACAGCAGCACGUGACAAGGUGCAGACUUUUAAAGAGGUGUGCUUUGAUAGGAAAACACACUUUCACAAAGGCUUGUUAUAGAGAUGUGUUAUUUAGCUUUGUGCAGACAGAGUGAAUUUUGGAUAGACUGAUUAUCAAAUAUUCACCAUGGAGUUGAAUGGUACACUGAGUGGGGAUCAGAUUGAUGUUCUAUCUACGGUGUACUUACUGUCACUCACCCCCAGCGUGAUUGGGAGUUUUUCUGUCCUGGUGGUUUCCAUAGUGAAGCGGAAGCAUCUGAAAGACCAGGUGAACCUCCUGGUGCAGCUCACACUGGCAGACUUCCUGGCUGCUCUGAUCCUGAUGUCCACCAGUGCCAUGAACAAAGUUAGAAACGACAACAGUGUAGCCAUCUGCCGAUACACCCUGCCACUGUCACUGACAUUUUACUUUAUUUCAUUUCUGCUGGUGGUGGUUUAUGCACGGAAGUCGAAGAAUGCAAUCCAAGGAUGGAGAGCAAGACCAGCAGAGGACGAGGGUGGACAGAGUUGGUGUAGAAGGAAAAUAGCAGCUGUACCUGUAUAUGCUAUGGUGUGGUUGAUCCCGAUUGCAAUAUACUUUGCCUAUGUGCUCACUAACUCCUUAAAAACUACUUUGCUGAUUCCAGUCACUGACAGAUCACUGAGCGGGAUCCUCCGUAAUGACAGCAAGUACUGCACGAGUUGUAUUUUGUUCUUGCAUGUCUGGAUGGACCCCUGCCCAGAUUCUGAGAUUAUCCAUGACACUUUCAUCAAAAUUUUUCUCUUCCUUGUGGUGAUACCAGUGAUGCUAUCUUGCUCUGUCAUUUAUUAUGAGGUUGGUAAAUGGUAUGAAAGACAUCAGCAUCAGGGUCUUUUUCCAGUGGAAGGAGACGGACGUUCAAGAAAGAGAUUCAAAAGACUGUUUUCUACAGCAAGAAAUAUGGUGAUGGUCAUCUUCUUCUGUUGGGCACCAGCUCUUGUCCUCAUUCUGCUGUCUACCCUGAUGAUAUGGACAAACAUUGAACAGCGCAGCCUAUUUGGCCUUUAUAUGAUGCAGGCUGCCAGUGUGUCCCUGCAAGGUUUCCUGAACAGCAUGGUUUACGCCUGGAGACGGCCAAACUUCACAGAGGCCGUUCUUGGGGAGAACACACCUCUGGUGGCAUACAACCGCCGUGCCUUCUUUGAUGAAUCGCUGAGGAGCUCAUCUUGAUUGUUGACUCUGAACACAAUAAGAGUAAUCGUCGACACAAUAUACUGGCCUGAGGUAGACUGACUGAGGGCCUGCACACGUCAUGACUUUGUGACAAUUGAGACUGGGGCAUAAAAUGCCCUAAUUUGCGGAGUGAAGAUGAAAAGAAAUAGAUCAAAAAGAUGAAGGAGACAAGGACUCUAAACAAGCCACGACUGAUGCAGGGUUUUUCAUAGCAACUGCUGAAUUUGUCAUGUAAUAAACAAAGUCAUAGUA